ACACCGCGACAUGGCGCGUUUGCAGAGCUUCGCCGCCCUCGCCGCCGCGGCGGCGGCCGCCGUCCUCGCAGGCCUGCUCUACAGACGCAGGUGCAGCCGCUUGACCGCGCGGGUGCGGGAGCUAGAGGACUCCCUGGCCGACGCCGUGGAGAAGGCCGCCGCAGAGCGCCGCGGCAGGGUUCGGGCUCAGCAGUCACUGCGGAGGGCCCUGAGCGAGCAGGGGACGAGCCCGGAUAAGGGGAAGCCGGCCAAGGCCCCGGCGUCGUACCCGAUGGCGCCGAUCGGCACCGUGCAGUCCUGCUUCUCUACUAGGAAUGGUACACCGAGACAGCCUUUGGUGGUGCCUCUGGCCAGAGCGACAGUGGUGCUUAAUCCUGCCCGUGUUGCGGCCGAAGCGCUAGAGGGACUUGCUAGUUACUCGCAUUGUUGGAUCCUCUAUGUUUUCCAUCUGAACACUGAUCUUGAUAAAAUGUGGAAAGACCCUGCUAGAUCCAAGCUAAAAGCAAAGGUGAGAGUGCCUAGAUUGAAAGGGGGCAAGAUGGGGGUUUUGGCAACUAGAUCUCCGCAUCGGCCUAAUCCAAUUGGACUAAGUGUAGCAAAGGUGGAGGCAGUGGAUGGACAUGCGAUUUUGCUUUCUGGAGUAGAUUUGGUUGAUGGCACGCCUGUACUUGAUAUUAAACCAUAUCUGCCAUAUUCUGAUAGCGUGAAAGGUGCGACUAUUCCUAAUUGGUUAGAGGUCGAUGGUGCAUUAGCUGUGGAGUCUAUUCACUUUUCUGAGCACUUCAUUUCUUCACUUUCCAACUGCUGGGCGCAUGUACAAAAGCAGGCACUCUAUGCCUCAGCAGACGAGUUUCAGGAUCUGAUCAAGGAGGUGCUCUCCUGGGACAUCAGAUCAUUGUCUCAGCGACUCCGCCCUCACCAGGUGGACAUUGAAAGCAAGGCCGGUGAUUAUGGUAGCAAAGCUGAUGAGGAUUGCAGAAAGAAAGAAGAUUACCAAGCCACUGACUCCUGCCCGAUCGUAGUCUACCACCUUCAUCUGGAAGGCAUUGAUGUGUCAUACAAAAUCGAUGAAAAUUCGAACAUUGUUGUUGACAAUGCAGCCCUUCUCCCCAGUGCUGCAAACCAAAACAGGUGUAGCUACCUAACAUGGAGGGAUAAGCUUAGCACUUUGUAGGAGAGUAGUAUACAGAACUUUUGGUAAGUCGCAGGAGCACAAGCUGCACAAGGCUGUACAAUAUCAUGAGGCUGAUGAAUUCAGUGGCAAUCAGUACUCCAUAAUGCACCUGAAUUUUUAGAGAAUACAUAAUAAUUUGCCAUAUAAUUGUUGCUCUUUCUAAAUUUUAGAUCUAUCUUUGUAUGUGUAUUAUGUAGCAUAAACAUGUGUCAUUUUUUAAUGUAUACUGGCUUGAAAACUAAAGUGGUUGACAAGUAGAAAGUUCAAGGAUUUAUAACAUGAAGGAUCAGAUAUUCAUCGUGGAAGCGUAAAUCAGCAAAUGGAAUUAAGGCUAACAGCUUGAGCAAAACUGUUAUCUUCAAUGCUGACCAGCUAGAAGGUUUUCACUGUGAAGGUUGAAGUUCCUGUAAGAAGGGAUCAUAACGAAGCAGUUUGGAAAUGCACGAUGGAUCCAAUUAGAUGAGCUUGCCUUUGGGGGUUUAAUCAAGCUAUACUUGAGCAAUACAGGAGAUUGGCAGCCAGUCAAAUAAAAUGAGAUUCUGCAGUUCUAAUUGUUUACAAGUUUUAGCCCUGGAGGAAAUGACUUCUAUAUUACACAUGAGCUCAAGAAUGCUAAUUUCCAGGCUAGUAUUUUUUCUACUUUACCCCUGAAAACGGCAGUUGAUCCAUUGUUGGGCAUAACAAUGCUUGUCUGUCAGUUGCCUCAGAAAUAAAUUAUCAAUGCUAUCAAAAGGGAAGAAGUUGAAGCAACUCCAGUAAGGAUAAAUAAUCCCCUGAAGUUGGCAAAUGUGAGUCUGCUUGAACCAGUUACUGGGCCCAAGUUCUGGCAAUUGUUUCGAUCUCCAAUCCAUUUCUUCUCAGUUUGAAUCAUAGUAUCACCCCCAGUUACGUUGAGGAUUGCCUUGGAGAUGUCUCCAAUCAAGGGAUUUCCCUUUGAUAAUGCCUGUGCAAGAAAUAUGACCACGUUAUUGACUCAUUUACCGGAUAGAGAACAGACAACACUGUAUCUUGUCUUGUCCGAUGCACGUAAAAGUAUAACUUACAGGCGUAAUUGGACUUAGUAGUACAUUUUAGUAAAUCCAUCUGGCUACGCAUGUUUGUUAUUAGGCAGUAGGCACAAUAAUUUUGUAGCUUAUUUUAGACCAACAUAGUUAUAGGAUGUUCAAAUGUAUCUAACGUGAUUGCUAACUAGCAUUUUUUUCUUCGAAAACCAA